UUUGUAAAGGCGUAAAGACGUAGGCUUUUCCUCUAUCUUAACUACAUUAACUGUACACCCCCAUUGUUGAGAAAUUGUCCACCAUGGGCAGAUGGAAACUUUUGUUUGUUCUGCUGCUGGUGCUCGCGCUUUAUGUCGACAACCAAGCUGCUGUCAUAAAUCUUGAUAAAACCAUCGGUAGAGGACCAGACAUGACGCCGAUUUGCAGAAACUCAACUCAGUAUUUCAUCUCACUGAUUGUUUGCAAAAUCAGUACGGAGAUGAGCCAAGGGAAAGAGUGCCGUCUGUUAUAUCGACGUGGAUUUGACUUUGAGAACACAUGUGACUCCAGAUUUAGACUUUCCAAGGAAAAUCAGACUGUUUUUCUUCAUUUGACUGGUUUAACACCGAUGGAUAGUGGGAACUACUCAUGUGAGUGCUCACAACUCUUGGACACAACAAUUGUCCAUCUGAACAUCACUGUGAGAGGGGGUGAAGACACAAGCAACUCCACUCAUAUGCCCCCUGCUUUUUUCAUUAUUGGUGUACCGAUAAUAACGUUCAUCAUUGUAGCAGUGACAGGAGUUCUUCUGAGAUUCAUCCACAGAAAAAACAAACAUAGCCACAGAAGACAUCAGGAGCAACCACCAAGUCAACCAGUAAUGGAACUCACAGAAGACAUUGAGCCCUACGACACCUUCAUACAAAUAGAGAAUGCACUUUAUUCUGUCACCAUAACGCCCAGGACACAAAAUCACCAAAACUGUUAAGGACUUUUAUUGCUCUGACUAAUUUGAAAAUCAGACAGUAUUUUCUUGAUAAUUUUAAGGGUGAAGGAAAGUUGUCUUGCAUUCAAGUAAACGUGGCAUUGAUUAAAGAGAAGACCCUUUCAUUUCCGUAGCUGACUGUGAAUACGUGUGUUUUAUCAGCUAUGUUGGCUCGGCUUGAAGACUUCAAAGUACCCCCAAUGAUCUGACAUGUACACCAUAAUUUCCAUCGCAAACUUCCUGUCCUUACCAAAAUCUGCCUUGCGGCUUUCUUUGAGCCACCUCCGUGAUGUUGUGAACGCCUCUCAGCCUCCUUCGCAUUUCCGUCUCACUGUUAUCAACACAGAGAAGGCCCAACAGAAAGACUCACCAGCAUGAGCUUGUACAGUAGAUCUUAUUUUAAAGGCAGCUUCAGACUGUGGUUAUGCGUUGCAUGACAUAAUGGACAUGAAAACGGAUGCAACAGAUGGAGAGCCGCUGUUCUGAUACCAAGAAAGAACCAUUUUUGAUUCUAUGCAGUUGGAAACUCAGACUUUUAUUCUUGUUUUAUUGAGAGAAAAUGGCAUUUACUGUUGACCUAUUAUCAUUAAAUAAUAAAACAUCAAAUUGUAAAAUGUGAACAGUGCUUUUGGGGAAUGCUCUGCGAAUUUGCUGCUGUUUUAGAAGUCGUGUAGAGCUGUUUGUGGUGGUGGUUUCAACUGGUCCAAUUGGGAUGCCAAAGACCAAAGCUAAUGUGUAUUAAAGCCUGCUUUUCUGAGAACUUUAUUAUUUAUUGAGAAAUGUUGACAUUUUGACCUUAAAUGGAACAAAACGCAAGAUAAAUGUGUGAAUUUUGGUAGAUAGCUCUCUGGUUUUCAUGUUGGUUACACGUCUGACUAUAAAUGCAGUCUGCACAGGCAAAACCCAAAUAUGGAACUGAUUGUAGACAUUUCUUAGAAUAAUUGAUGUAAUGGGACACACCUAAGCAACGGUGUCACAUGUUCCAACACUUUAGGUCAUAUGAAAAUGGGUAGGUUCAAACAAAAGGUGCUGUCGUCUAAGUUCUGUAAUGAUCCAGAUGUUAAUACCUGGUUUAGUUUUUUCAGGCGCACAUAAAUGACCCGCUGAAGGAAGCUCUGUUACCCACUUUUAGGUCCUGACCCAUCAGUUGAGAACCACAGGUGUAUUUCUGUCUGUUUUCAUAACUAAACAUUCACCCACAGACUGCCUUAACUCCACAAUAGAGGAAGUCACAUCUUAUGCUUUAGCACACAUUACAUCAGCUCAUUCACUAAAGGUAUUCUGGGUAAAGGUAGCAGAAGGGGACGUGCAAACUUCUACUUUAUUUCUCUGCAGUACAGACAAAGAAGACUGCUGUUUAGACCUUAUGUGAUUAUGGAUCGUUGGAGGUUUGUUCUGCUUCUGUCGAUGUUUUCGUGUCUCAAAUCUGAAGUUAUGAUCGAGAAAACCAUUCGGAGAGAACCAGACACAACCCACAAAGACUCUGAAGUGAUAAAUGUAGCGAUCGUUGGGGAAGAACCAGAUUUAACGCCAAUAUGCUCCAGUGAUGCUUUGAACAUCAUCCUGUUUGUUGAUUGUAAGAUCAGAACAAACCAGGGAGAAGAAUGUGGUCUGCUGUAUAACAUUGGACAUGACUUUGUGCAAGAAUGUGCCUCAAAUUUCAGACUUAAGAAAGAAAGUCAGAGUGUUUUUCUCAGUUUGAGAAGUUUAACUGUGGAGGAUAGUGGGAGCAUCGUCUGUGAGUGUUCACGCACCGAUGGGAUGUACAUCCUGCAUCUUAAUGUCACGGCGGAAGUGCAGGCACACAUCAGUUCUCAGAAAGUCCUCCCCUGGGUUUUGGUCAUCAUUAUUAUAAUCGCCGGAGUUGCACUUGGAUAUCUUCUGAGAAAAAAGUACUGCAGAGUGAAUACAGAGUCAGGAGCAGCUGGACAACAUGGGGCUGAAACCCACCCACCCUUGAACUGCGAUGACUCCUAUGAAUCCCUGCGUCAACCAACACAUGACAUCUAUAAGACUAUCUCCAGAGUUCACUUUCAGCACGUUACCAAGAGCAACAACACAGUGACUAAGUCAGGAUGGGAAAUCUAUGAAAACUUUUCAAAUUAAGAAAACAGGAUUCAAAAUCAGGAUUUUACUACCAAUGUUAGUUUUGCAGACAAUAUGAUAAUUAUUUUCUUCAUUUGAUUUGUUAUUUGGUAGUAAAAUUCCUCAUCAGUUCCAUCUUUUGGUUCUUAUUUGGACAACUUGCAUACCUGUGUCUCUUGAUUACAUCCAGGAUUGACAUUUUUGUAUUUAAUCUGGCAUUUUCAGUUUUAUAACAUUUUGCACAAUGACCAAAACUGUAGAAAUCUGUAUCUUCAGGGUUUUCUUCCUUUAUGAACACAUGCUGCAUGUGAUUUCUUUGCUGUUCAUUCUAUUGUAGAUGUAGUGUGUUAAGAAGAGCUUUGUAACUGCUAUUUCUCAUAUCCCAAAAGCAUUUUACUCCUUGAAAAACCGAUCUUCCACUGUAGGACCCUUUUCAAAUAUUGCUGAGCUAUAACAAUAAUAAACACACACAUGAUUUACAAAUGUAUUUUUUCUCUUUAUUAGCAGUCACUGAUUUACAUAUUUCAUGGUAUGGCUGUUCUGGAUCCCCCUGCCCUUCAACAAGCCUACAUGGAAAGCAUCAAGAAGGAACAUCACACAUUCCUGCCUUUCCUGUGCCUACAAGGAAAGUCUGACACAGGCAGAGAAUCAGCAAAAAACCCCAGAACAGAGCAGGAAUCAGUGACACCUGAAUGACACUGAUUAAGUCAGGUGCAGAAUAAAGGAGGAGCUGGGGUGGAGGAGGGCUGCAAAGCGGUUUGUAGAGGGGAAAGCAAAGCGUAGCCAGGCUAGAGCAGUUUAAAUAAGGCAGCAUGAGUGCAAUAAGCCAAUUGCGUGCUUAGGUGGAAACAGCUGGCUGUCAGCUGAUGAGAGCUUGUGAGAUCAGCUGAUCUCAUUUAUAUGGCAGCGUUUGACUCCAUGGCCUGCCUGAACCAACACCUACACUCGG